GCGAAGUAGAGGACUGUCAGUGCAUCUUACAUUGCCAAUGCUUUGGUUUCGAAAGAAAACAACAGAUGUUGUGCAAGCAGGUUCGCAAAAGGGAUCACUAGUUGGAGUAAUUUGAUCUAAAUACGCUAUUCGUUUCGGUCAACUGAUUAUCUUUUACGCGUAGUUUAGGCAAUCCCUAAAAAUCAUUCAAGAAGUACUACGUGAUAGACUGAAAAGUCUGUGAGGCAGUGAUAUUAAUAUACAUUAGGAUAUAGUGCUUUGAUGACACCUGCCUGAAAGAUAUGUCCGUUCGCAAUCCCACUACGCUGAUGUCUAUCACCAAUGAGGAAAGUUUCGAUUUCCUGUUCAAAAUCGUUCUUAUUGGAGACUGCGGGACGGGUAAAACCUGUAUUGUGCAGCGCUUCAAGUCCGGAAAUUUCAUCGAAAGCCAUGGCAAUACGAUCGGAGUGGAUUUUUCGAUGAAAGCAGUCACAGUGGACGGGAAAAAAGUUAAGCUACAAAUCUGGGACACUGCUGGACAGGAACGCUUCCGGACAAUCACACAGAGCUAUUACAGAUCAGCAAAUGGAGUCAUUAUAGUUUACGACAUCACAAAACGGUCCUCCUUUUUGAACCUGCAACGAUGGAUUGACGAAGUGCGCCGCUACACGGCUUCCAACGUGAUGAUAUUUGUCAUUGGUAACAAAUGUGAUCUGGACGCCAUUCGGGAGGUUGAUUUCGCGGAAGCACAAACAAUGUGCCAAUAUAUACCGGAGAUUAUGUUUGUGAUGGAAACGUCGGCCAAGGAUAACAGGAAUAUUGAAGAUGCUUUCAUGACUCUUGCAACCGAAUUGAAGAGGAGACAUGAUAACAUAACUUCAGAUGAUGUAACUGAUGGCAUAACGCUCGGGCAAAGCAUGUCACUUUCGGUCAGUAAUUGUAGUUUAUGCAGCAAAACGUGAAUUAUUGUAGUAUGUCUAAUUAUACUUUAGUUAUUGAAUCUCUCCGUAUUAGGAAAGUAGCCUAUUGUCACAGACGUAACUGUAUAUAGUAUAAUAAUAUUUUUAGGAUAAUUCGGAAGAUAUGUACUAAUUAAUAUAUUAUAGUUAUGACAAAUGUGUUAGAUUUUAUAAAUGGAAUUAAAAUGUAUGACUCGCACUAUGAUUAAAGAAUGACGAAAUGCCAAAUACUUGCUGGCUAAAAGUGUAAUCCCAAAUCUAAAAGCUAAUUUUGACUCUUAUUUCUUGUACUACUGCAAUAAAAUUGAAACAUUCAAAAUGAAUCACAAA